UGACGUGCAAUUAUCCCCAAAAAUUUGUCGAGCUCCAUUAUUCGAUCUGCUCGAUCUAGACUAUCGACAGGGAUUGUUCAAGUUAGCUGAACGAAGGCCGGCCCUAGCUAUCAUGUGUAUGCCGUAAUGUUAGGUACUCAUGAGAUUUUUACCAUUUCAAAAUGACAGCCCUCCCUCGUCGUAGGUUCUCCUUGGUUGAGAUGUACGGUCCUUUGAAUCAAGCUUUUUAAACAACUAUUUCCUUCGCUAGACAGAGGACCGCCGUCUCCAGGCCUCUUCUCAAUUUAUCGCCGUCUAGUUAGCUCUCCAAAAUGAAGUCAUUCGUUUCUAAGGCCAUUGCCUUUAUGCUAUUAGCACUCUUCUCGGUCACUCUAGCGCAGACAGCUUCCUCAACAUCAGAUGCAGGCCCGACAGAAACAGUAUCUGAAGGGACUACGUCGCAACCGCAGGUAACACCUACGGAUACCAUCACAGGAGGAGCUGACUCCAGCACGACAUCGUCAUCAGCAACGGCAACAGGCGGAAGCAGUGGUGGCGAUACCACUACGAGCGUUCCUUCAUAUGGAAAUACGCCACCGGAUGUUUACUUGAAUGUCCCAGAGCUCCAUGUCGGCAGGAUCGAGCUGGACGUGGACAACUUGAAUGCAGAAAUCAACCUAGCUGCGCAAAUAGCAAACUUGGUAGAAAUCAACGCAGGAAUCCAAGUCGGAAUCACCAAAGUGAACAUCACGAUCGCCGACGUCGACGCCAACUUGGAAUUGAUAAUCAGGCUAGGAAAUCUAGCCGAUAUCGUGAACAGGACGUUGGAAUCGCUAAAUUUAAAUCCGCUACUCAUCAACGUGCUCAACGAAGUAACGGAUCUCGUCGAUGUUGUGAUCGGCGCAGUCGACGGUCUGCUUGGCUCGAUCGUCAACGGGGACUCAAAGAUAAACUUCCUCGUAGACAAUCUCGGAAAUAUCGUGCAAGAGGUGGAGGGCACAGCUGGCAAAUUAUUAAGUACGAUUGUGGGCAACUUCGAGCAGAACAUGACCUAUACCGGCGUGCAGGAAAUUUUGGACGGCGGCCUCAUCCAGAAGACGUACAAAUACGACCCGUUGUCUGCCCUCGUUAAUAUUGUGUUCAAUGCUGCUGGGCAAGUAGUCCAGGCUGUUGUUUUGAAGGGCAAUGGGGGCAGUAGUACAUCGACCACCACGGCUGCACCUACAGGUGGAGCCAGGAGAUGAUCUGAGUGAGA